AUGGAGAAGUUUGGGAGAAGGGCAAGGAGCCGGGAAGCUGAGAAGCUCGCAGUGCGUUAUCGUAAAUUCAAUCUGCCAGCACUUUUGGACGCUGCCGUCAACGUGACCGGCCUUGAUGAUGCCCAAUGUGAGUCUUUAUCACUAUUAAAUCCCCGCACGGCUAAUUGUUUAACUAUAGGUAUCAAGGUUCUGAAAUGCGUGGAAGGGCAAUACAAUAAAGCGCUUGUCCUGACUAUGAGUACUGGACAAGAGAUAGUUGCUAGGCUGCCGAACCCAAACGCGGGACCAACUUUUUACACAACUGCCUCAGAGGUAGCCACACGCCAAUUUUCGGACCUCGAAUCGCGACAGCCUAGGCCUUCUUUUGCUUUGGUGCCGGGACAAAACCGUGGUUUACCCAAAUUUGCGAUUGGCCCUCUUACUCACCCAAAGUACUGGCAGGGUAAAAGGGCGUUGAUGGAACUCGAUAGGGGUCCAUCUAUUGGGAAGAAUGAGAUUCAAUGGGCCGAGGAGCACGCGCGACCACGAAUGAAUUUUCAAAGGUCAGUUGAAGAGCCAGAAACCCCAGGUGAUUAUAUAUCGAUGCUUCAGCGAUAUAAUAAGCUCGUUCCUUUUCUUGUCCCACCUUCACUGUGCAGUGAGCAAACCAAUACCGUCUCGCACCCUGAUUUGCAUCUUGAUAACAUUUUUGUUGAUCCACAAACGAACCAUAUCACAUCCAUAAUUGACUGGCAGCACGUUUCCGCGUCCCCAAUCUUUCUACAGAGGCCGUAUCCACAGAUGCUUGAACUUUCUCAGAACGCACAAGCUGAGUGCCAAGUAAUCGAGAAGCAACUUCUAGAAUUUUAUUUCGAGAGGCUGAAGAAUGUGGAUCCUUUCCGAUGGAGGAUGCUUAGUGAACCACUGCAUUUCAUCAAAGCUGAAAUCAUUUCCCUGGUGCCUUGCUGCUGGGACCGGGAGGAUCUCUUCUCACUACGCAAUGCAAUGAUCACAGCUCUCGCUCAUUGGAAUGAGAUAAGUGGCGGUGGGAUCAAACGUCCAAUCGAAUUCACAGAUAAGGAAUUGGAACAGCACCAAAAUGAGAUGGAGUUAGUCGAAGGAGUCUCAAUGAUUCUUCACCAGCUCCAAGAGGAUGGACUUAUCUCUCUGGGUGGAAUGGUUUCUCCAGAACGAUAUGAAGAUGCCAGGAAAUGGAACAACUAUUUCAAGCAGGAGUUUAUCAAUUUGGCGGAAGACGAGAAGCAAAGAGAGCUACACGCGAAAAAACUCGCCGAAACACUACACAAAAUUUCCAACUCUCGCGGCCGAAUCACGUCAUGCCGUGAAAAGAUCUUAAGCACUGAUCCAGAUUUGGAUCCUGAAAAUUGGUUCAGAUGCUGGGAAUCAAAGUCGGGCGACAAGUUAUCCUCCAAGCAAGCGAUACGACUUGCAGCACUCAUAAAAAGGUGGAGCCGUCGGACCGGUGAGGACAGUCAAACAUUAAAAGAUUGGAUCUCGAACCCGUCAACGUUUUGGGGUAUGGAUCCUUUCCGUACACCAUUCGAAUUCGUGCGACACUGUCUAGAGCUCGCAGAGAAGACGGAAGGUAAAGAACCUAUACGGCGCAGAGUUACUCUGAUCGUUCUUUACGAUAUCAUCAGCGAGGAGAUAUCACGGUUAAGAAGACAAUCCAAUCAGCUACGGCACCAGAAGUACCUCACUAGCGCCGUCAAGAAUAUUGUGGCCAAGGCGUACCACUCUCAGAAUGCGUCGGAGCGAACAAAGCUACAUACCCGACUCACCUAUCUACAACGAUACGGGGAGAAAUGGUCACGGCUCGAGCGCCGAGAGAUCGUACUAGCCCCUCUUGAUAAUGCUAGGGAUAAGUUAGUGACUACCCACAUACUGCUCAACCGCUAG